AUGCAGCAUGCAGUUCAGGUAUGGUUUGGGGAUGAUCCCCCUUUAAGUCCACGAAGUCCACUGACUCCAAGGCAUGGGCCAGGCUUAGCAGAUGUUUUGCUGUAUGACCAGUGGAUAUCCGUCCGACAUGAGGCAACCCUCAUUCCUAUGCAAGAAGAUCUGUCCAUCUGGCUGUCUGGAUUGUUAGGAAUAGAACUUACAGCGGAACAACUGUUGGAAGAUCUUGACAAUGGUGUACUGCUGUGCCUGUUGAUUGGUGUCAUUCAAAGCACAGUUAAAAAAUGUUGUGAUCCAAAUACUUUAAAGGAUUUCCCUCUGAGAAAAGUUCCCUGUAAGAAGGAUGCACCUUCAGGGUCCUUCUUCGCUAGAGAUAACACAGCCAACUUUCUGAAUUGGUGCAGAUGCAUUGGAGUGGAUGAAACUUAUCUCUUUGAAUCUGAGGGUUUAGUUUUGCACAAGGAUCCAAGACAAGUGUACCUUUGCCUACUGGAAAUUGGACGCAUUGUAUCAAGAUAUGGGGUUGAACCACCUGUGUUAGUAAAACUGGAAAAGGAAAUUGAAUUAGAAGAGACCUUGUUGAUGUCUUCCGAUGCUGUAGCCCCUGUCAUCACCUCCAAACCGUGCUGUCAACAUGGGGAAUUACAUGAAGCAGUUAAGCACAUUGCUGAAGAUCCUCCUUGCAGCUGCUCACAUAGGUUUUCAAUUGAGUACUUAUCUGAAGGACGGUAUCGAUUGGGUGAUAAAAUACUCUUCAUACGAAUGUUACAUGGCAAGCAUGUGAUGGUACGUGUUGGUGGAGGCUGGGAUACCCUCCAAGGUUUCCUGCUAAAGUAUGAUCCUUGCCGAGUGCUGCAGUUUGCAACAUUAGAACAAAAGAUUUUGGCAUUUCAAAAAGGUACAUCCAAUGAGACAGUUCCCAGUUCAUCUGUUAAAGCACCACCGCCUCCACUCAUGAACCCCAUGUCUGCUGUUGAUACAUAUCCAAAACAAAAUUCAAAGCCAUCUACUCCUGCUUUGGCUCCAAAGACUUCUCAUGCAGCUAAAACAAAGCAGGCAGUGGCUAAGUUUCCACAAUCACCUGCACUUUCUUCUGUAAAAGCAAGAACACACACACCACCUAGAAGCCAAUUUGCUUCAGGACAUCCCAAAUCAAAAGACCCUUCAGUAAGUAACAGCCACUCAACUGCUAAAUCUGUAGUAGCUGCUUCAAAAAAAAUAUCUCCUCAGAAAACAACACCUACUUCAAAAUGUGUACAACCUGUAAAUAAAGUUUCUUCAUCAGUCCGUGUUAGAACUGCUGUAACAUCUUCAGAAUCUCUUCAGAAACGUAUCUUGUCACCAGUCAAAGUUGAACGUUCCCGUAAUUCUCCACUCAUGCCACAUCCUUCCAUUUUUACUUCAACAAGUGACCUUUCUGAGCUACCUGGAACAAGUAAAAGAGUGGCUUUGGAAAAUGAAAAAUGUCAUGCUAACAGCAGAGCUGUCAAUGCCACAGCCAAAUCUAAGCCUCUUUCAAAAACUUCAGUAAAAUCUACAAGGCCAACCAACAGAAAUUUACAUGGUUCUAAACAAACAAACUCCCAACAGUCUUCUAUAAUACCAACAAAAACAGUUCCGAAAACUACAACCCAAACUUUACCAAAACUUUCCCAUUCAUGUAGAGGCAUGCCAGAAACCAGCCAGGCCAAAAAUAGCAAAACUGCUAGUACAAAGCAGCUGGGUUCUACAUCUUCUCAUACAACAGGUAAAUCAUCCCAGCUGGCAUCUACCUUAGGAUCAAGAAGUAAAAAUGCUUCUUCAUCUGUUAAUAAGCAUUCUCCUGCCAAGAGCACACUUGUCCAAAGUAGCAAGGUACGAAUUCAGGUACAUCCUGAGCGUACUCCACUGUCUGUUGUUCGUCUUCCCCAAACAUCAACUGCAGCUGAACCCCCUCAAAAAGCAAUGCAAGCUGCUACAAAAAGUCAAUCACUGGUUAAGGCAUCCCGGAAGAAUGAUAAAAUCCUCAAUCCAACUGUUAAGAAUCCUCUUUUAAAAGGAAAGGUUGCAACUGUAACUGCUAAGGGGACAUCUGGUGGGCUAAAGGAUGCCACACUGAAGAGUAAACAGGAUGACAAUUAUUUUGUUAUGACUGGAAAUAAGAAACACAAAAAGUAA